AUGCCUAAUCUCACCACUCAUAAGCGGCGGUUAGAAUGCGAAGAUUGUGGCAAACGCUUCAAGCAACGACAAAAACUCACGAGGCAUUUCGAGACACACAAUGUAGUAAUUCCGUUCGGAUGCAAAUUGUGUCCGAAACGCUUUCAGAUACAAGGGCGCCUCAUCCGCCAUAUCCGCACGCAUGAUAUAGAGUAUUCCUUGACAGACAAGACGUGUUUCGAACGCUACGCGCGAAAAGAUGUCCUCGCUUCUUCCAAAACGAUCCAUACUGCGGACAAACCCUACAACUGCAGACACUGUGAUUUCGGCUCCCGUUACCGAUGCAGUCGCAAUAACCAUGAAGAAACUCAGCAUUUCACUCUUCAGUUAGCUGCUGAUCAAGACUCUGAGGUACUCGACUCCAUUAAUGUCCACACUCGGCGACUGGCAUACGCUAAUUCAAAUAGUCCUCGAAAAAAGGUCCAGCUCAACCUCGAAUGA